UCCAAUGCGAUUCCAUUUGUAAUUGUUCUAUUUAGUGAGUUUUCGUAGGAAACGGAACACCCGGAAAUCCGACAACACGUCAUCAGUCCUCCUCUCGCGGUGUGCUGGCUUAUAAAAACGGGUAGGGAAAUACAUUCCACUCUGAUAAUCGAAAUAAAACGAUAAAAACCAACUUUCUACACACACUUUGCCAUGUCCAACCCCAGUUUCUCUUGGACGACAGUAUUGGUUACGGGCGGUGGAGGCGGUCUGGGCCGUGCCCUCGCCGCCUACUUUCUCAAAAACAACAAGAAAGUGAUUAUAGCCGGUCGGACAGAGAGUAAACUACAGUCCACGGCCCGCGAAUUGGGUUGCGAGUACCUUGUUGUGGAUGUCGGAGCUGUAGAGGGUUUACAACGGUUUACAGAGGAGGCUAUCAAAAAGUUUCCAGACUUGGAUGCCGUUGUUGCAAAUGCCGGUAUCCAAAGGAAACCAGUCAACUUUACAACCCAAGACGCAGCAUCCCUCCUGCAAAGCGCCGACGACGAAAUCAACGUCAACAUCCGCGGGACACUCCACCUAAUCCACCACUUGCUCCCCCACCUCUUGUCCAAACCCAAUGCCGCAAUUUAUACAGUCUCAUCUGGUUUAGCGUUUAUUCCAAUCGGGCGUAUCCCUGUUUAUUGCGCGACAAAGGCGUUUGUGCAUAGUUGGACACAGAGCUUACGAGUUCAGUUAAAGGGACGUGUUCAAGUCAUGGAGAUUAUACCCCCUCUCGUGGAAUCCGAUUUGCAUCGGGACCACGAUGACCCAGAUAACAAUAAAAAACACAAAAACCCCAUGGCACUAACGAUUGAUGAAUUCAUUGCUGGAGUGGAUCGGGAUAUACAGGCUGGAAAAGAUGAGAUUACGCCUGGGUUCGCUCAGGAUUUGGCACAACAGAGUUUGGAGGCUUUUGGAGAAAAAUUUAGGGCUUUUAAUCAGGCGCAUUGAUUUGGCAAAAAACAUUUCAGUAUGGGAAUACAUGUGUGAGGAGGGACUGGUUGUGGUGACAACUGUAGGAUUGGAUGAGGAAUGUGUAUGCCAUCAUUCAGCGAUGUAAUAAGAAAAAGAUCAAUCUCAUGGACGGGUUCAAGCGGGCAAAGCAACGUUUUUUGGUUUUUUCAUUGUCAUGUUGUUAAAAAGGACAAGAGAUAAUGAAAAGGGGAAAGGGGGAGAGAUGAAUAUACAAAAACGAAACCCAAAAAAAAAAACACACCAUCUCAUUCACACCACACCAACCACGCAAAAAACAAAA